UGUCCCUUGCGGUGAUCCGUCCUGGUGUUUGCCUGCAGCAAGAUGGCGGCGGUGUCAAUGUCAGUGGCGCUGAAGCAAGCGUUGUGGGGGAGAAGGGCAGCGGCUGUAGGUGCCGUUUCUGUUUCCAAGGUUCCGACCAGGUUGUUGAGCACUUCCACAUGGAGACUGGCGCAGGACCAAACUCAAGACACACAACUCAUAGCGGUUGAUGAAAAAUUGGAUAUUACCACUUUAACUGGUGUUCCAGAAGAGCAUAUCAAAACUAGAAAAGUCAGGAUCUUUGUUCCUGCUCGCAAUAACAUGCAGUCUGGAGUAAACAACACGAAGAAGUGGAAGAUGGAGUUCGAUACCAGAGAAAGAUGGGAAAAUCCUCUGAUGGGUUGGUCAUCAACGGCUGAUCCCUUGUCCAACUUGGUUCUAACUUUCAGCACUAAAGAAGAUGCAGUUGCCUUUGCAGAAAAAAAUGGAUGGAGCUUUGAUGUUGAAGAGAGAAAGGUUCCAAAACCCAAGUCCAAGUCUUAUGGUGCAAACUUUUCUUGGAACAAAAGAACAAGAGUAUCCACAAAAUAGGUUGGCACUGACUAUAUCCCUGUGCUUGACUGUGAAUGAAGUCAGCUGUGCAGUAUUUAUAGUCUGUGUAUAAUACAUCUCUUAAUCUCCUAAUAAAUUUGACCUUUAAACUACAGAUAAA